UUCCCCAAUAACGUUAGUUGUCCUCACAGGGCGAUGCCGCGACGAUAUGAACGCCGGCGAAUCGUUCAAAGUGCUCGUGUUGGGCGACUCGAACGUCGGUAAAACGUGUUUGAUGCACAGAUUUUGCGAUGAGACUUAUUACGACACAUACAUUUCCACUAUAGGUGUAGAUUACAAACAAAAGAUUAUUCAGCUGGACGAUAAGCCAGUUAAAUUACAAAUAUGGGAUACGGCUGGUCAGGAACGAUUUCGUACACUGACUACAGCUUAUUACAGGGGUGCAAUGGGUAUACUGCUAGUUUAUGAUGUUACAAACCUAGAUUCAUUCGAUCAUUUGACUUAUUGGCUAAAAAAUAUACAAGAGAACGCUUCGCCGGACGUGAUCAAAGUCUUAGUGGGUAACAAAUGUGAUAACGAUGUUUUAAGAGCUGUGGACAAACAAGACGGAGAAAAAAUAGCGGAAUGCUACGACAUGCCAUUCUUUGAAGUAUCUUGCAAAAUGGAUGUAAACGUAGAAGACGCUUUUCAAGCUCUAGCCAAGCUAAUAAAAAAACGUUCCAAAUAUCAGGGUGCAUUUGGUCUAAAAGAUGAAGAAAAAAGUUCCCCUUUGUUUGAAAAAGCUUUUGCUGAAUCUUCGAAAAAAUGCAAUUCUUGUUAGAAUUAUUUUGUUUAAGCUUCUAUAAUUCAUUGUAUUUUUAUAUUAUAAAAAAAUAAAAUGAUAAAAAUUAUUGAUUAAAAGUUUUACCUCGAUUAAUAAAUAUUAUACAUAGAAAAGUUAUUUUUGUCUAUUAUGAUUAGAUCACACAUUAUAUGCAUUUAAACAAUUUUGUUAAAUUAUUCCAAACAUACCAUUGUCCAGCAUAAAUUUUUAUUAAUUGAAACUUUAUUAAUUUUAUUAAUUCUAGAGCUUAGUAAUGUGUGGCUACCGAGAUUAUAGUUUUGGUUAAUUAAGGGGGUUAAUCUCGACCCUAAUAAAAAUAAUAUUUUUACGUUCCUAAAUAAUUCCACGACAAAAUUGCACAAAUUUGGGGCUCUUCAAAGUGUCUCAAACAAAAUUUAUAAAUACAUAUAAUUCAUAUAAUACAUAUACUUAUGAUUUAUUAAAUAAACCAUUAAAUCGAUUUAUAAAUUGAUGAUUCAUACAAUAUACACAAACAACAAAUUUUGAAUUAAAAACUUUUUAUAUUGAAAUUAUAAUAAUUGAGGUAAAACUACAAGUUACAUACAUAAUUUAUUAAAAUUCAAAAAAACAUCAAUUUUAGAUGUUUGUGCAUCGAUACAGUUAGUUAAUCAAUGACAGGGUCAGAUGAAAUAUUAUUUUAACUAUUGAUAUAAACAUUUGUAUUAUUUUAAAUAUUCGCGUUCAGUCUAUGCUCAUAUUCAAGUUAAAUAGAAUUGUUACAUCUUUCUGUUAUGAGCAUUGAUUACGUAUGUCCACCGUUGACCAAAUUUAGUUUAUAAAACUAUCUAAUUAUUACAUUAGAAUAUUCAUUAUUCUAACGUAAUUAUUAGAUAUUUCUUUUAGAUUAUUUUAAUAAUUACAUAUUAGAAUGCAGCCUUUGUACUAUACUCUAAAACAUAGAAAAUUUUACUUGAAAUAUAUAAACUGUAUAAUUUAGU